GAUUGUUAUGGUAAACACCGACAUCGGAGUGCUCCGCGAAAUUAACGAAAAUGUGAAAUAAAUUACAGAUUUUGGAGUUUAGAAGUGUGAAAGAUCAGUGUAGAUUUACAAAUUGGAAGAAAAGAUAUAUAGAUAAGAAACAAGAUGAUUUAAAGGCAAAUGGAAGUUAUUGUGGCAUCAGUUGCACAGAAAUUACAAUGAAUGGAGCUAUGCAAGUCUCGUUAUUCGUGUCUGUAUUGGCACAGGUGUUUGUUUGUAUUGCUGCAGUAUGCUCCGAUAACUCUAUCAGAACCUUGCACUAUGACAUCAAAGAAGGUCUAAGUGAAGGAACAGAAGUGGGUAAUAUCGCCACUCAGUUAGAUUCAAGCUUAGGACCUCCGUAUUCAGAAUUCUUUUUGGAAGACUGGAUUAAGAACAUAUUCGAUAUUGACUACAGUACUGGAUUAAUAAAAACAAAGGUCGCAUUAGAUAGGGAGGCUAAUGAUUCGUUUUCUUUUUCCAUACUAAAAGGGUCAUCAAAUUAUAUAUGUAUAACUAUAACAGUUUUAGAUGUAAAUGAUUUUGCCCCGGUGUUCUCAGUACCGCACAAAUUCAUAAAUAUUCCUGAAGGAGCACCUCACCAUAAAGCAUCACUUGGCAGUGUAGUGGACCAAGAUAUAGGGGAAAAUACCAUCAAAGGUUUUAGGCUUGUUUCAGGGAACGAUGAUUAUGCAUUCAAUAUUAACGGUAGAUUUUCGGGACCACAAAAGUUACUUUUAGAUUUAGUUAUAAAUGGGACUUUAGAUUAUGAAACUACGCCACACUACAAACUGUUAGUUGCCGUGUAUGAUGGGGGCAGUCCACCAUUCACAUCAACAAUGCAGGUUGACAUCAACAUCACUGAUACAAAUGAUAAUUAUCCACUUUUUAAUCAAAGUAAAUAUUCAGCAGCUAUUCAUGAAAACGCAACAAGAGGAACAAGUAUUCUUCAAGUACAAGCAACAGAUAUAGACGAAAUAGAUAAAGGAAAAAUAAGGUACUCGAUUGCCAGGACUACUGAUCCCGAUGGGUGUUUUGUGAUUGAUGCAGUCACUGGUGUUAUUCGGUUGGAUAAGCUCUUGGAUUAUGAAACAAAAUCUAUUUAUAAGAUAUUUGCCAUUGCAAGUGAUGGUUCUAAUGUUGCCCAGGCUGUUGUUGAAAUUGAGGUUUUAAAUAUAAAUGAGAUCCCAGCAAAUAUCUAUAUUACCUAUCUCACUUCUGAUGCUACUCCUAGAAUACCAGAAAAUGCAUCCAAAGGGUAUGUGGUAGCGAGAGUAUCUGUCAGUGAUCCUGAAUCUCCUGAUACAGAUAAUUCUGAUAUAGCUGUAAGCCUGCAGGGUGGAGACAGCCGCUUCAAGCUUGAGUCAACUAGUAGCAGAACAUUCAAACUGCUUGUAGAUAAAUCGCUAGACAGGGAGUUGAAAGCCGCGUACAAUUUAACCAUUGUUGCAGCAGAUUCUGGGUCUCCGCCACUUUCUGCAUCAAAGUCCUUCCUUCUACAAAUUCAAGAUAUCAACGAUAAUGCUCCAGUGUUCAGCAAGAACCAGUACGAAGCUGUUGUAGAUGAAAUGUCUGAACCAGAAAGCUCGGUCAUUUCAGUAACUGCUACAGAUAAGGAUAUUGGAGAUAAUGCCAGGAUUUCUUACUACAUUGAAAAUACUGCAGGUGGAAAUUCUGAUUGGUUUCAAGUUGAUCCAAACUCUGGAUUAGUUACAACACGUGGGCAAGUUGAUUGUGAAGUUAAUUCACAUCCUUCUUUCUGGAUUGUAGCGAAAGAUCAUGGCACCCCAACUCGCAGUUCAAGCGUAUCAGUUGUUGUGUCAGUGAGGGAUAUAAACGACAAAGAACCAACAUUUGACCAGAGUCUCUACCAUGCAUCUGUAUCAGAGAAUAAAGAUGUUGGCGAAUGUUUCUUAGAGGUGAAUGCUGUGGAUCCGGACUGUGGUGUAAAUGGAAACAUUGUGUACAGUAUUCCAGAAGGUCCGGGGACAGACCUGUUCACAGUCCAGGAUCUAACAGGGAAGAUCUGUCUCAACAAGAUGCUUGAUCAUGAGACCAGCAAUCUGUACGAGUUUGCAGUUGUUGCUACAGAUUCAGGAAACUUUGCAACAACCGCAAACAUACGGAUUACAGUACUUGACAUAAAUGAUAAUUAUCCAGUGUUUUACCCACGUAACUACAGUAUGAACAUACAAGACAGCUCGCAACCGGGUUCCACGGUGAUCACUGUCCAGGCUAGUGAUGAUGACUCAGGACAGUACGGAGAAGUUACAUACAGUAUUCUCUCUGGGAAUACAGAUGGAAAAUUCAGAAUAGAUUCAAAAUCAGGUACUAUAUACGUUGACAAAAGUCUGCCAGCUGGUGAGCGAGUGUAUCGCCUGGUCAUAGAUGCACAGGAUGGUGGGGGACAGAGGGCAGUACAGCGAGCUGAUGUAUACAUUAGUGUCACAGGGCCAGGAUCCAAUCCUCCAAUAUUUGAUCAGCGUGUUUACAGGUUUACAAUAUCAGAAGAUGUCGCAGAAAAUACUUUUAUAGGAAUUGUGCAAGCAAAAUAUACCGGAAGUCCAGAUGGCAUUAGAUACACUAUAUCUACUGGAGACAGGAAUUCCUUCUUCAAGAUAGAUCAGGAGACAGGCACAAUCAGAACAGCAAAACAAUUAGACCAUGAUGAACAUCCGUUCCUCAUCCUCGGUAUAACUGCUGACAUUGGUAGUACACCACUGUAUGGUACAACACAGGUUAAUAUUACUGUGAAGGAUGUAAAUGAUAAUAUCCCACAAUUCAGCAGCAGUCAUGUGACAGUGUCCGUGUCAGAAGGAAUUGGUUCCUCGGCAACCAUCUACUCAGCACACGCAUCAGACAAGGACAGUCAGGAAAACGGUAAUGGAGUGGUGCGAUACGAUUUGAAACAAAAUCCUAACAACCUAUUCAAGAUUGACUCUACAAGCGGAGAAAUCCAUCUUGCUCCACAGGCAGUGUUGGACUAUGAGUUGGCCACUCAACAUGAACUUGUUAUUUUUGCUACAGAUCAGGGGCUAUUGAAAAGGUUUACUUCCAGUAUGACUCUGCUCAUAAAUGUACAGGAUGCCAACGACAAUCCUCCAAAAUUUAACAGCAAUGAGUUUACAUUUUCUGUGUCAGAAUCAGCUGAUGCAGGUGACCAGUUCGGACAGGUCAUCGCUACUGAUGCUGACAGUGGAGAAAACGGAAGAAUAUCUUUUAGUUUGAUUGACACUGAGUCUUCAUCCAAGUUCAGAAUAUUUCCUAAAGAUGGUUUUAUUUACUUGAAAAGUGAAGUGGAUCGGGAGGAGCGUUCAACGUAUACAUUAAAAGUGAAGGCUAAGGAUAAUGGGCAGCCAUCUUUAUCUGCAACCGCCAAUGUUGUAAUUUACGUCAAUGACUAUAAUGAUAAUGCACCGGUAUUUUCUCAGAACGAAUAUCAUUUCUACAUUGAAGAGAGUCAGCCGUCCGGACGAUCUGUAGGUACUGUAAGAGCUAGCGAUGCCGACAUUGGGAAUAAUGCUAUACUUCAAUACGACUUCCGCUCGGCGCAAAAUGAUUUCUCAAUAUCUAAUGAAGGACUUAUACGUACAACAAGAUCUCUUGAUCGAGAACUGAAGGAAAGUUAUGAUAUUGAAGUCACGGUACAAGACGCAGGGUUACCAGUACAGCAGACGACAGUAAGGGUCAAGGUCACAGUGACUGAUAUCAAUGAUCAUGAUCCAGUCAUUCAGAAUUCACAGUUCACAGAAACAGUAGAUGAGAACCAGUCUAAAGGUGUUCGUGUGGUACAGAUUGUUGCUAGAGACCCAGAUGCUGGCGAUAAUGGCACAAUAUCCUUCAGCCUUGCUCAAGAUGGAGAUGUUGAAGCAUUGAAGUACUUUGAUAUCCAUCCAUUUUCUGGUUGGAUCAAGACCAAAGAAGUCCUCGAUUAUGAAGUAAAGAAUACAUAUAGAUUUAGAGUUGUUGCUACAGACUCAGGAAAUCCGCAACGAUCAGCAUUCAAGACCUUCACAAUAAAUGUCAACGAUUUGAAUGAUGAAGGUCCGAUCUUUUCACAGAGUGCAAAUGUGACGUUCUACGUGGUGGAAAAUACUCCAACAGGCACAACAGUAGGAAAGGUUAAAGCAUAUGAUCGUGAUGGCGGUGAAAAUGGACGUGUUUCAUAUUACAUUAUUGCGGGAAACCAUUUUGGACUUUUUGCUGUUGAUCGUGAAACUGGCGCUAUUUACACAAUAAGAGAAAUUGAUUAUGAAGAGUCAUCUUCACAUGAUGUAGGAAUUAAAGCUAUCGAUAACAGUGUGUAUAAUCCAAAAAGCAGCAAUAUCACAAUCAAGAUACAUGUUAUAGACACUAAUGAUAAUCCACCCGUGUUUGAGCAGGACCCAGUAAUUCUCACAGUUCGAGAAAAUACUCAAGUGUCAACUGUAAUACAUAAAUUCACAGCCACUGAUGCAGACUCUGGAAUUAAUGGAACUAUCAAGUAUGCAAUAAUCAAUUCUUCUCAAGAUUUAAAAUUAUUCCAGAUUGACCCAUACUCCGGGAAACUGUCUAUUGCUAGAACUAUAGACUAUGAACAAGUGAAAAUGGUGACACUGAUAAUCAAAGCAACAGACCAAGCUCCCAAUCCUGAAAGCCAGCUGUUUACAACAUGGACUGUAGUGAUUCAGGUGUCGGAUGUAAAUGACAACGCUCCAGUCUUCCAGAGUUACAAGCCUAUAGAUGUGCGAGAAGACGAAGCAAUAGGGUAUAGAGUGACAUCCAUUAUAGCCACAGAUGCUGAUGGUAACAUAGACAAAAGUGGAAACAACCAGAUCACAUACACUAUCAAAACUGGAAAUGAGAAUAAUGCCUUCAAGAUAGAUCAGAUAUCGGGUGUUCUUACUGUGUCCUCAGCUCUUGAUCGUGAAGCUGUUAGUAGAUACUCACUGAGGAUCAAUGCACAAGAUCAUGGUUCUCCUUACCUCGAGUCUGAGAUCACAUUUGUCGUGCAUAUAACUGAUGUCAAUGAUAAUGCGCCAGAGUUUCAAAAGCCCGUGUAUCAAGCUAAUGUGACAGAGAGUGCUGUAAAAGGAGCUUUCAUUGCCAGGGUCUCAGCUACAGAUUAUGAUGAAGGAGUGAAUGGACAGCUCACCUACAGGAUACCACAAGGAAUCGCCCAGAACUACUUUGAAAUUGAUGAAAAUUCUGGGCUGAUCACCCUAGCAACCAGUGACCUUGACCGGGAACAGAAAAGCUCUUAUGUAUUUACAGUGUCAGUGCAAGAUGCUGGUUACCCACUCCAGUUUGACACGGCUACUGUGAUCAUCAACGUGACAGACAUAAAUGAUUCCCCACCCACUUUCAAGGACAACAUGUACUUUGCUACAAUUCCCGAGAACCAGGAACAGGAAGUAAUACACACGUUUGUUGCACAUGAUGCUGAUAUUGGUGACAAUGCAGUCGUAACAUACAGUAUUGUUGCUGGAAACUCUGACGGAAAGUUUGCCAUUGACAUGCAGACUGGUGUCCUUACAACUCUGCAAGCAUUGGAUCGGGAAAGAGUUUCCCAAUAUUUACUAACCAUUGCUGCAAGUGACGGACAGUUUUCCGCAACAUGCCAGAUUGAUAUAACAGUCAGUGACCAGAAUGACAAUGAUCCAGUGUUUGAGAAAUCUAAGUACUCCAAGCUACUGUUUGAGGACGCUCAGCCAAGGACACUGGUUGUCAAGGUGACGGCACAUGAUGCUGAUGAUAAAGAGAAUGGAAAUGUGACAUACUCCCUACAUAAUGAUUCUGAUACGAGCUUGUUUGAGAUAAACUCUGUAUCAGGGGAGAUCACAACUACAGGAACUUUCGAUCGUGAAAAGAAGAAGAGUUACUCAUUUGAUGUUCUAGCCAGCGACAGUGGUAUGUAUGAUCGCCGAUCAGAAAAGGUGCGAGUGGAAGUUACCAUUGGUGAUAUCAAUGAUAAUGCUCCAGUAUUUCAAGAAGUACCAUACAGAAAAGAAGUAUCUCAGGGAACCGGUGCAAACAUGCUGGUACUCACUGUACUAGCAGACGACAAAGAUUCGGGUCUCAAUGGUGAAGUUACAUAUAAACUGAAUAGCACAUCAGAUUAUUUUAAAAUCGACUCUACCUCAGGCAGUAUUAUGACGAAGCAGAAUCUUGGUACAGGUGCUCCAGUGUACCACAAUUUGAAGGUCAUCGCCACUGACAGAGGAGAUGAACCACUCAGUUCUAGUGGAGUUGUAGAGAUCACUAUAGGAACAGGGGGAGGUAACAAUUUGGUAUUCAAGAAUCAGAACUAUUCUACCAGUCUGCAUGAGAGUGCUCGUGUUGGAAGCCAUGUCAUUAAAGUUGAACUAGAGAACCAACUGUCAGGUGUUUCAUUCAGUUUCGCAAGUGGAAAUGACAACAGUGCUUUCUCUAUUGAUUCUGCAGGUGUGAUCACUGUGCAGAAUCCUGUACCUAUUGAUUACGAGUUGUUCCACCACAUGAGAUUAAUUGUGUCAGCCAUGUCAGGAAGCAAGUAUGCUUACACCACAGUGUGGGUCAACUUGAUUGACAUCAACGAUAAUGCCCCCAAAUUCUCCCAGGAUAAAUAUGUUACCAAGGUGUAUGAGGAACAAGAACGAUUCACUUAUGUCAUGCAGGUGACAGCUACAGAUGCAGAUAGCCGUGGACCCAACUCGGAUAUAAUAUACAACAUCAUACAGGGAAAUAGGGAUGAGGCUUUUGUCAUUGAUCCUGCAAAAAGUGGUAUCAUCAAAACGAAUGUGAUAGUUGAUCGUGAGAUCCGAGAAGAUUAUAGACUUGUUAUAGAGGCGAAGGAUAAUGGAGUAAAUGGAACACUGUCAAGUACCUGCAUCGUGAAGAUAUCUGUUAUAGAUACCAAUGAUAAUCCACCUAAACUACCAGCCACAAAGCCAGUACAUAUCAGUGAAGGGACAGAGGUAGGGUCAGCCAUCACCUUGGUUACAGCCAAUGAUAUAGAUGUCAGUCCACCUGUUAUGUACAACUUUAGUUCCGGUGGUAACCCAGACAACAUGUUCAGUAUUGACCGGUACAGUGGUAUGAUACGACUCUCAAAACAGCUCGAUCAUGAGCGUCGACAGAAGUAUGUGAUAGGUAUCCAGGCAAGCGACAGUAUUCAUUUGGCAUAUACAACACUCGACAUCUAUGUGGUGGACGAAAACGACCAUGCACCGGAAUUCUCACAACAGAGUUAUCAGGUGUCUGUUGAAGAGUUAACUCCCCCUGACAGAAGGGUUGUACAAGUGAAUGCUACUGAUGCAGAUUCUGGGGAAAAUGCAAGAAUAUCAUAUAGCCUUGCACCUUCACCUUCCAGUGAUAGCUUCUAUAUAAAUGAACACACUGGAGUAAUUAACACAAACAAGACAAUCCUGUACCAGGCAAACCAGGAAAUUAUACAGUUGGUUGUCAUAGCAACAGACAAUGGAACACUGCCACUGUCUGCUGUUGUUGCUGUCUACAUACAGCUUACAAGUGUCAAUAACUAUGCUCCAAAAUUCAAGGAAAACAGUUACUCUACAACUAUCAAUGAAAAUGUUGCACGUGGGUUUAUCGUGAUGCAUGUUGAAGCGACUGACAAAGACACGUCUGGACGUAACAGAGAGAUUGAUUAUCGCAUAGUUAGUGGAAAUACCAACAAUGCUUUCGUUAUUGACCAGAAAAGAGGCCGUAUAAUGUUGAAUAGUCUGCUGGACAGGGAGAACAUCGCUGAAUAUAAUCUACAAGUGAUGGCAAAAGACAGAGGGAUUAUGUCUAAAAAUAGCACUGUAAACGUACACAUUACAGUUCAGGAUAUAAACGACAAAGUUCCUUAUUUCGAAUUUAAUGAAUAUUUCAAGGAGUUAAAUGAGUCUUUCCCUGAUGAUGUAGGAUUUUUGAAAAUUAAUACAUACGAUGAAGAUAUUGGUGCGAACGGUAAAAUUUACUACACAAUAACGUCUGGAAAUGAUGAAGGACUUUUCAUUAUAAAUGGAGUAACAGGAGAACUAUUUAUAACCCCUAAGGCUCAUUUGGAUUAUGAGCGGCAUUCUUACCACAAGUUAAUCGUUAAAGCGACAGACUGUAAUGGAUGUGAUUCGGGAAUACCACGAUUAUCAAAUAUCACUACUGUCCAUAUUAACGUUACAGAUGUGAAUGAAUUUGACCCAGAAUUCCCUGUUCAAAUUUACUUUGAAGGUGUGAAGGAAGAGAUGAAUAUUUCAUCGUCUGUGUUUGAGGCACAUGCCAAUGAUAAAGAUGGUGGAACUUUUGGCAUUGUUGAAUAUACCCUUACUGGAAGUUCGCUGUUCUCUGUUCACUCUAAAACAGGGCUUGUUACUACAAAUAAACGUUUUGAUUAUGAAAAUGCUGAUCAGAAAGAAUUCCAGUUCCAGAUUAUCGCUAGAGACAAAGGUGGAAGGUUAGGCUCUAUUCCUGUAAUAUUGAACCUUGUCGAUGUAGACGAGUAUGAUCCAGCAUUUGACAAAACUGGUUAUGAAUUUAACAUUCCUGGAAAUGCAGUCAAAGGAACAUUCAUUGGUCGUGUUAAAGCAACUGACGAAGAUGGGGGAAGUGCUGGUAAAAUUGUCUAUAAGUUCAAUCCAUCGCACAAGUAUUUUGGAGUAAAUGCUUCAACAGGUGAAAUACGGGUUAUUCAUGACCUGAAUAGAGAAAUUGACAAGGAAGAGACAAGAAAGAAGAGGGAAAUCAACACACUAUUUAUCAAAGCAAGUUCAGGACUUGAUGGUUCUCGAAAUUCCUCUGUGUUUGUUGACAUUGAUGUUGAUCGUACAUGUCCGGGUUGUGAAAUGCAAUACAUCACUAAAAAACCAGCACCAGAUGACACUUCAAUGAAUGUUGUAAUCAUCAUCGUUGUCAUUGUGUCUGUGAUAGCUGUAAUUUUGCUGGUUAUAAUCGUUGUGAUACUGCUACGCAAGCGUUACCAGGGCAAAACUCCGCCACCAAGUGAGACUCCAAUGUGUGAUAAUGAUGAAUUCGAUUCAUUACCCCACCCAACUCGUCAAGCUGGGCCACCAGGCUAUGGAGAUGUAAUCAGACAUCAAGGUGACUAUGCUGUGAAUAUGACAACAUCGUCAGAUAUUUCCCACAGGUCAGGAUCAAGUGGACGGGGUUCGGCUGAAGAUGAAGAAGAUGAAGAGCUUGCUAUGAUAAAUUCUAGUUCUCCAUAUUUAAAUAAUUCGAAUGGAUUUAGGAAAAAUAUGCCAGAUUCAGGAAUACAAGAUGAUGAUAACACAUCAGAACCAUCUGUGCAAAAUCAUCAAGACUAUUUAGCCAGACUUGGCAUCGAUACUGCUAAAAUAAAUUCAAAAGCCAAGUCUGGUUUGACUCAUUCUGUUGAAAGCAUGCAUCAGUUUUCUGAUUCAGGAGGGGGUGAAGGGGAUGGGUUGGAUAUAGACAAUAUUGACUAUACAAAACUUCAGGGUUCUCAUAUAAACCAUGGUAAUCUUGUAGACAAAAACAAUGACAUGGGUUUCCAUGAACCGUCACCUCAUAUGGGCGGCUCAUUAUCAAAUGUGAUAAAUAGUGAGGAGGAAUAUAGUGGUUCAUAUAACUGGGACUAUUUGCUGGACUGGGGACCCCAGUACCAACCUCUAGCUCACGUGUUCUCAGAAAUCGCGAGACUUAAAGACGAUACAAUUCAGCCAAAAAAGCAAGCAGUGCAAAUAGUUCCACAAAGACAGUUGAGUUCCAAUAAUCAGACACAAGUUCGAAUGGUUCCCCCACCAAUGAUUACAAACGCGCCGCCAAAAGCUAUUACGCAACCAGUGUCGAGGUCAAAUAGAUCUAGUCAUUCCUCAGGAGUGUCAAACAUGAACUCUCGUAACAGUACAAUAAAUACUUCUCUUCCCAGCAUGCCCCGUUCACCCAUCAGUCAUGAGUCAAGUUUUACAUCACCUGCUCUAACACCAUCAUUUACUCCAUCACUGUCUCCCCUAGCAACCAGAAGUCCUUCUGUGUCACCAGUUAACAGUGGACGGGGCAUGGUGUCGUCCAGUCAUAGUUCAGGACAAAAUACACCAAGAAGUAGAACAUUAAAUUUGAACAAUAAUAACAAAUACGUUUUUAGUUCGUCAGGUUCCGAGCAGGAACUACGAAUAUAGAUUAUUGUACAAACUGCUAGUAUUUUUUGGGACAGUGUUAAAAUUCUCAACAAACUAAUAAUUGAAUCAAAACUGCUGUGUUAUAAGAUAUUGAACUAAUUUUUUGUAGAGUAGAUUUUAUAAUAAAACUUUUCAUUAAAGAAGUACUUUUAAAUAAUUUUUCAGAUCUUUCAUUGAAAAUUAUAUAUGUGUAUUGUAUGACACUAUACCGACAAUAAUGUUUAUUUAAUGUAUCCUGAUCCAAAAAUAGGUAUUUUUUUUGUAUCAUUUGAAAAAAGUUCUGUCUGCUGAACAAGAAUUAGUAAAUAAGAUGACAAUAAAUAAUAAUCAUUAUGCAAAAAUCAUUACAGUCAUGUUUUCUGAAUGUAAAAUGAUUAAUCUUACUCUGUAGUAACUGGAUUUCUGUUGCAGAUUCAUCAAAGGCUAUAAAGUAACAAAAAAAAAUGAAAAAAUGAUCACAUAAUUAUAUGGGCUUAUCAGGCAUAAAUGUUCGAUAUAUUUUAAUAGCACUGUUAUAAAGAAUUGCUUAUUUGUGGUUUGGAUACCUUAAAAUGUCUUCUUUUUUUUCUCUCUAAUUUCCUAUUCUAAAUGCUGUUGUGUUUUAAAGAAAUUUUAGUUCUGGUCAGGCAAAAAGAAGAGUUAAUUUUCGCAUACAUGACAGAUGAUUUUGUUAGUAAUUGGGCAUUGACAAAAUUUGACCUGACUAUUUUAAACAGAAAUGACCCUUCUCAUUGUACAGUCUUUUUUGACUCUAAACAUGUGACAUUUUUUAUUUUCAAUAGAGGUUGUGUUAAUUUAUUCUUUCAGCAAUAAUGUUGUGAUGUUUUGGUUGUCAAUAGAUUUUUUUCUCCAGAUUUUGCAUAUACACACAAUUUUUGUUGUUUACUGGCUCAUUAUUAGUUGAAAGCAAUAUGAUUACAAUAUUACAAAUUAUACAUGAAUCCCUAGCACAGUUCAUGUAUUUGCCGAUCCUAUUUUGUCAUUCAUCUCACAUGAACACUGAAAAAAAAAUCAAUUCUUAAAUGUUUCUUGAAGCAGAUGUGUAUAUUUCAAUAUUGCUAAAGUGAAAUGGAUAGUAAGUGUUGCAGGUAAAAUGUGGAAUAUCUGUGGAACAAAUAUACAGCGAUAUAUUGUCACAGUGUUUGUGUAACAUAAACAAACUUACAGUGAGCAAGCAGUGUUGUACAGAUAGUGCUUAUGCCAUAUAAUACAUGUAGACUGUGUCAAAUUUAUGUUUAUAUGUGCCAAACAUGUACAGUAAAUGUUGUGUUAAAUCAUAUGACAUAUCCAUUAUCUAAACACAGUUAAAUCAUACACCAUUUUAUUGAAAUUUAGAGAUGAAUUUAUUAUUUAAAUUUAGUUUUAUGUUAAUUUGUUCUAAAACUUCAGAAAUUAAUUUAUGUGCAGCUUUAUUAAGGGUCAUUAAAAUCAUGCAGUCUCACCUAAUCAAGUUUUAAUUUCAAAUGUUUUAAAUGUUUACUUCUAUUUUUAUUAAAUAAAAAAGUUUACACAUGGAAAUGUUUGUGAUAUGAAUUUUAGACCUUUACAUGUACAUUGUAUAUGACAAAAAUACAAAGAGGCGACAUUUUUGCUAACUAUGAAAAUGUGAUGCCGUUUGUCUCAUUCAAGUUUAUAACCCUUGGAUCGCGGGACCUCCAAGUACCUCAUACCCUACAAUCCAGUGACAGGACUCCAGCCAGGGUGCUGUGUCUUUAGAAGGGCACAGUCCUUACUUAAUUACUCCUAGACAUGUAUAACAGCUUUAACUGUUGAACCAAAACAUUGUGUGUUAAACACAACUAUUUAUUAAAAGUAUCUAAUACUAUUUUUGACCAAAACCUUUUAUAUCUUUUGUUAUUUAUAUUUUUUCCAUGCAUUCUUUCUUAAAAUGACUUGAGAAUAAAAUGAUUUGUGAAAUCACAUUCCAUAAUAUAAUUGAUACAUCAUUUCUUCUUGUUAAUAUAAAAAAAGUGUGAGAUUCAAUUUAUUCCAUGUACACAGUAGUACAUCUGGUGUUAUCCUUUAAGCUUCUGUCUGACUACAUUUGUUUGUCUGCUGUUGUGCAGAAGAACAUUUUCAACACAAUUUCCAUUUAUCUUGCAUUUUACUCAUUUUCAAUUUUAGUAUAUACUUGCUUGCAUUUAUUUUAGCUGGUUUUAUAAAGUAUAUACUGUUUUUUAAGAGGAUAUACUUUUUCAGCUCUAUUUUUAGAAAGUUUUAAUCAUGCAAGCAUAAUCAAAAGCCUGUUGUGAAGCUAGUUGUGCAAGAUCAGACAGAUGCAUGAAGGAUAACUUGGUUAUUUUUUCACAUGGAACUCGAUAAUAGGUAGAAAUUAUUGUUUUAUGUUUUAAUUUGAUUGUAUAUGUAUGUAUACUCUAUAGAUCUGAUAGUAAACUGGUGAUCUAAACUGCUUUACAAUGUGUCUCUGUCUAGACUUGGAUAUACUAUGGCAAUACAGUGUAUGUUUUAUACUAUAUGUUAUAAUUAAAAUACUGUAAUGUAUUUGUUGAUAUUUCAUUUUGUACAUUCAGGUCAUUUCAACUCUGUUAUUGCUAUGUACAACAAUUCUGUCAUUAAUUAGGAUAUUACAGUAUGAUUUAAACAUAUUAUUGAAAAGAGUGUAUAAUUCUAAUACCACAAUAUAAUAUUGGACAUGUGGUUUUACCCUGUAAAAGAAAACUUUUUCUGACCUAAAAUGGGAAAGGAGAAAAGAGAAAACAUUAAUUUAAAUUGUUUAUUUUGGAAAUGUUUAAGCAAUUUUAAAUUGCUUGUUGAUGUGUCUGAUACGUUUUAUUUAGAAAUUAAUAUGCAUUUCAGCCUUUUCAGUUAUUGGACAUAUUUACUACAACUAUGUACAUUGUAAUGCCAGGAUAUGUGCUUAUAAAAUAAGUCAUUAGGUACUAGAAAAUGAUUUUUGGAUAAGAUAAAUUGAAACAUGGCAAUGGCAAAAUUUCAGUAUUUCUCUUUGGCUGUUACAUGAAAUAUUGUUGAAUGUUUUCACCCAAAAAGCAUCAUCUCAUAAAGGAGAAAGAUUCUGCUUUGUCAGCAAGAAUAGUAGUUAUUUCUGCUAGCAUGCAUUGAGUGAUUGUGUAAAUCCACAUGGCAUCAAUAGAAAACAAGCUGUAUAAGUCACAAAUUUUAGGUAACACUGGCUGGAACGAGGCAAAGCUAUGCAGUGUAGCACUGAAUAAAAAUCUGAACAGUACAUAGAAUACAGCUGUAUGGAAUAUAGCCUUGUUCUUUUCUCUAUACCUCUUCUAUUCUUUCUACGUGUUCAUUAUAAUGUUCUCAUUGGUCAGUGAUAACUCAUUCUACAAUGUCAUCAUUAUUCAUCAAACAUCACUUUAUUAAUUAUUUUUUACAAGAAACUUUAUAUUGAUAAUAAAUUAUAAAACUUGAA